UCGAACGUCAACGAACGGAAGAGACGGACGUGCUGCGAUAAAAUAAACUAUAUUCCGGCUUAAUUUAAGUCUUUCAAACAUAUUGUUAAUUGUGUAACUAUUCCACAGAACUAGGCGACAUAAACACUGGUAGGUUUAAAAUUACGCUGCUUCGUUAAAUACCGCUGUGCUGCUGUGACUGUAGGUAACGUUAAACACCGAGCUAGCACGCUAGCUUAGCUGUUUGUUUUGCUAAGGGUUAACAGUAUGCUUCGUUGUUGACAAGUUGGAUAACAUCACAAAUCUGCAAACGAACCAAAGACCUUGAGUCAUGGCGAAGGAGCGGGUCCUGAAGAAGUCCUUCCAGCAGAGUCUGGAGGACAUAAAGGAGAAGAUGAAGGAGAAGAGGAACAGACGGUUAGCUAGUGCCUCAGCUCCCAGCAGAGGACGGUCCAGAAUAAUAAACAAAACCAGUGUGGAUACGACCACCCACAACAUCCUGAAAGGCGUGCAGCUGAACAACAAAGCUCUGGCUGUAGGGCUGCAGGCUGAGAAGGAGAAAGUGAGGCAGGCUAAUGCAGUGAUCCUGCAGCUGAAAAGGGAGCAACAGGCCUUGUUCCUUCACCUGCUUCUGCUCAAGAGGAAGCUCAAAGAUAAGGAGGCUCUGGCAGUGAGUUCCUCAGAGACAAAGCAUCCAAUCAUCUCUGAUGAACCAAAACCACAUGAGGGUUCAGAAAGGAGAAAACGCACCAGACAAAACCUUGAUGAGCCUGUUGUGUGCAAAGCCUCACCAAUUACUGCAGUCCAUCAGCCCUCUGAAAACACUGCACAGUCUGAAUGUGACAGGCAGGCAACACUGCCGUCCACAGUGGGCGUGAGGCGUCGCCAUGUCGACAGACAAAGCAGGAGAAGGUCUGAGCGCGCGAGAGAAAGGAGGUCGUUGGACGAGGGAGAUGUUGUCUCAGGCUUGGGUUCUUUAAUAGCGAGUCCUAUUCACUGUAACGAUGGCAAUCUGAAUCAGCCACAGCAAGCACAACCGGAUUUUGUGGACCCUGCAGAGGAGUUUGAGCAUUCUACUCCGGAACCUGACCCACCAAAAAAGACCAUCCAGCAGAGGCCUGUAAGGAAACAGGCCCAGCAAAAGCAGGCUAGUGCCAAACCAGAAACUGCUCCUCGGAAACCAGAAAGAGGCCGGAAACCAGACCGUGCUCCGUUAAAGAAGCCUUGGGAGAAUCACAAACCCAGAGCUCGUUCCAAAAGUCGGGACAGGUCGGCCACACGGGCCAAAACAGCUCCUCCCUCACAGGGCAAUAAGCUGAACACUUCACUGGGAUUCAAUGACACAUUUGAUUUUGACUGUGAAGAAACAGUUCACGUCACACCGUUCAGGGCAAAGGCGGAGGAAAAUAAUCCGGCCACUCCCAUCAGUGAAGAAUCUUCACAUGGAGGACAUGCCCAAACUGAGGCUUCACCGAUGGUUUCCAAACAGGGUGAGUCAAGCUCAUCAUCAUCAUCUUCUGAGUCAGAGGACAGUCUUUAUGUCCCUCAGAAAAGGGUAAAACUGACCUUACCUGAAAAGACCAAAGUGGUCACUACUCGCAGAGGCCGGCCCUCUAAAGUCAUCAAACAGAAAGAAAACAUCCCUCCAAAACAGGAGAUCUCUGUCUUUAGAGAUGAGGAAGAAAGUCCUAAGGCAGUAGAACCAGAAAAGGAAGAAGCUAAUCUCCAACCCUCCCCUGAUUCCAGUUUCUCUAACAGCCCUGACCCAGCAAGGUUAGGGCAGGAAAACCCCCAAGAGACUCACACAAAGGUCAUUGCAGAGGAUUGUUUGCUUCCUGUAAGCCCUCUAGUGGAGGCGGAGAUGAUGAGAAUAGACAGCGUCCUGUCCAAUUUUGGAGAUUUCUGUGAAGCUCCUCCUCACCAAACACCCCAGAGGGUCAGGACAGUCAAGAAACGUGGGCUUGGUGUAAGGACUGGAGGGCGGGGCUUGAGUCUGUGUGAUGUGACCAAUAUGUCCCCUGCAGCCCAUCGUAAGUUCUCCUGUGGUACCACCCGCCCAUCAGAUGCACGAUGCUCCACCCCUGUUGUUGCUCGCAAGCGCCGCUGCACCAUGACGGUGGACUACAAGGAGCCCUCGCUGAAUGGGAAACUUCGGCGCGGAGACAAGCACACAGACUUGCAGUUCCUCUGCUCUCCUAUUUUCAAGCAGAAGUCUGGCAGGACCUCUAUGCAAAAAUCAAGGAAGUCCACGAGCAGCAAAAAGCCGUUUGAGAAAUACAACGAGUCGUUUGUUGGAUGCCGCUGAAAGCAGUUACUCUGUGCUGUCUGAACUCUGACUGAAGGUGUGCACUGUCAGAUAAUAAAGAGCUGGUGGAGUUUUGUUUUUAACUGUCUGUUUUUUUUUCUGUAUAAAAAGCAACGCUGUAUGAUAAGUUUUAGAUGUCAAAGUAAAUCAUUUUGUGACUCAGUUGCUUCUUAUUUCACAGGGCAUUCAUUUCUUAUCUAUUUGUCCCUAUCUUUGACUCUCUUGGAAAAUGUAGUAAUGGCUCUUUGUUUUUUUUAACCGGCGAAAUUUUCUAGUAAGAUUAUCUGUCGUAUUCUGAGGGUCUGUAUAUGAGUAUAUGUUAUUAUCGUCUAAUCAUUUCCUCUUUGUAUCUUCUCCCUUCAUUCUAUCUACUACUGUGUGAUGUGACGAUAAAUGUUUUUAUUAAAUGAAUGGCUUUGGUGGAACAACAGUGAACUACAUUUCAUUAAAAUGUACUUUGAAAGGAG